AUGUUCUCAACCAACCGCAAUCGCGCGCCGCGAGCGAGGCGGUCGCCGACGCCCUCUGGUGGCCAGGGCCCUGUCAGGAAGGACUCUGGUGGGCCGCCGCCGUCGAGGUCGCCGUCGCCUGGUGCCCAGAACCCCUCGAAACCCCUGUACCUCUGCACACCCUUCGCUGACGCUGCCCUCGUCAAGGGCAACUUCAAGACGAUCGUCAUGCUCCCCAAGUACACCGACAUCAUGGAGUGGGUCGCUGUGAACAUUUUCGACUUUUAUACCAACCUGAACGAGUUUUAUGGUGUUAUUGCGGAGACGUGCACGCAGCACUCGUGUCCGACGAUGAGUGGUGGCCCCUCAUUAAACUACGUGUGGACACACCAAGGAGGAAAGCAAGCAAACCUGCCCGCACCUACAUACAUCGACUACGUGAUGACGUCCAUCCAGAACCUCAUCGACGACGAAAACAUCUUCCCCACAAAAUCAAACCAAGCAUUCCACCCCUCCUUCCCCGCAACGGUCAGGACGGUGUACCGCCAGCUUCUGCGCGUCUUUGCGCACAUCUAUCACGCGCACUACCCGCAGAUCCUGCACCUGCGCUCCGAGCCGCACUUCAACUCGCUCUUCGCGCACUUCCUCGCGUUCGGGCGCGAGUACGAGCUGCUCGAGGUGCGCGAUAUCAAGGGCGAGCCGAACGCACCCGUUGGCGUCGGCCUCCUUUGGGAGCGGUGGAAGGAGAAGGGCAUCUUGGAGAGCUGA